GUGUUGAGCGUGCACCUGGACGUCGGCGGCUGGCUGAGCCGAGCGGGCGAAGCUGGAGCGGCGGUGGCGGCGGCGGGGGGAGGCCGCGGCUGAGGCCGGGGCCGGGGCUGCGAGGCCCUUGGGGCGUCAGGCGGCGGCGGCCCGGGGCUUGAGUCCGGAGGCAGGAGCGGUCGCCAUGGCCGAGAGCAUCAUAAUUCGUGUCCAGUCCCCGGAUGGAGUGAAGCGGAUCACAGCAACAAAGAGAGAAACAGCUGCAACAUUUUUGAAAAAGGUUGCAAAGGAGUUUGGCUUCCAAAAUAAUGGCUUCUCAGUUUACAUCAAUAGAAAUAAGACUGGAGAGAUAACAGCAUCAUCCAACAAAUCCCUCAACUUGCUGAAAAUCAAGAAACGUUGGGAGGUAGCAGCAGAUAAAGUGAUCUACUUAGCACUGUGUAUUUCUUUACCUUGUGCUCUUUUCAGAUGCCGCCAUGGCCCUUUGGGGAAAUGUGUGCAUUGUGUUCCGCUAGAGCCAUUUGACGAAGACUACCUAAACCACCUUGAGCCUCCUGUGAAGCAUAUGUCCUUCCAUGCCUACAUCCGCAAGCUGACCGGCGGGGCUGACAAGGGAAAAUUUGUUGCCUUGGAGAACAUCAGUUGCAAGAUUAAAUCAGGGUGUGAGGGACACCUUCCAUGGCCCAACGGCAUCUGUACCAAGUGCCAGCCGAGUGCCAUCACACUGAAUAGACAGAAAUAUAGGCACGUGGACAAUAUCAUGUUUGAGAACCACACAGUAGCUGACCGCUUCCUUGACUUCUGGAGAAAGACAGGGAACCAGCACUUCGGGUACUUGUAUGGCCGGUACACAGAGCACAAGGACAUCCCUCUUGGCAUCAGGGCAGAAGUGGCUGCGAUUUAUGAACCCCCUCAGAUUGGCACACAGAAUAGCUUGGAGCUUCUCGAAGAUCCAAAAGCUGAAGUGGUCGAUGAAAUUGCUGCCAAACUUGGCCUGAGGAAGGUUGGCUGGAUAUUUACAGACCUUGUCUCAGAAGACACCCGAAAGGGUACGGUCCGGUACAGUCGGAAUAAGGACACCUACUUCCUGAGCUCAGAAGAGUGCAUCACUGCCGGGGACUUCCAGAACAAGCAUCCCAACAUUUGUCGGCUCUCUCCGGAUGGGCAUUUUGGAUCCAAGUUUGUUACUGCAGUGGCUACAGGUAUAAAUAGGGACCGUUACUGCUUUGUUAAUAUUUUCUGUUCCUGGGUGGCACCUAAGGCUCAAGGAUUGUUUCAGGACAUAGACAAGUUUGGCAACGAGAUCACCCAGCUGGCCCGGCCCCUGCCGGUGGAGUAUCUGAUCAUAGAUAUCACAACAACUUUCCCCAAGGAUCCAGUUCAUACUUUUUCUAUUUCGCAAAAUCCAUUUCCUAUUGAAAACCGGGAUGUGCUGGGUGAGACACAGGACUUCCAUAGUUUGGCCACCUAUUUGUCCCAGAAUACCUCAUCCAUGUUCUUGGAUACCAUCUCAGAUUUCCACCUCCUGCUGUUUCUGGUGACCAAUGAAGUCAUGCCCCUACAGGACAGCAUCAGCUUGCUUCUGGAGGCGGUGAGGACUAGAGAUGAAGAGCUUGCACAGACGUGGAAGAGGUCUGAGCAGUGGGCCACCAUCGAGCAGCUCUGCAGCACAGUUGGAGUGCAGCUCCCAGGCCUCCAGGAGUACGGAGCUGUUGGGGGCUCUGUGCACGUGGCCACUGCUGCCAUGUGGGCGUGUCAGCAUUGCACCUUCAUGAACCAGCCAGGCACAGGCCACUGCGAGAUGUGCAGCCUCCCCAGGACCUAGGGCUCUAGCCCUUGCUGGGUAGGACUGGGCCCAGCCCAGCCCUCUCUGAAGCCAGAAGUGUGGUGCAACGUGUUCCCUGUGACAGCCCCGCAGUGGGCAGCCCUGAAGGGCAGGGGCUGGCUGCACUGGGUCUCAGACCCAAUGAAGCUUCUCAGCACGUUUUUUCCUUGGAGAGGGAGCCACAGCUGGUGUUCUACAGGUCAAAUGAAUCUCCAAACUGGAAGUGCAGAGUGGUCUCCAGCCAAGACCUUCCCACAUGUCUGGCCCAGUUGACAAGCCCCUGCUGUGUUAGGAGGACCUGCAUAUCUAAAUCUACACCUGGAGGGGCAGGGGCUGUUGCCACCACCCAGCUUUCUCUCUCCUUCCUUUCCGAUGCUUUCUAACCUUGUCUCCCACCCUGCAUUGGUUGGUCGGGAGCGCUUGUUGCCUUUGUCCCCUGUUGCUCUGGGGCAGAGACCCUGCCUGUGAGGGCCACUUUUCCUCUCUGACAGCCAUUGCCUGGGGGAACACGAGUGGCAUUGCAACCUGUGGGCUUUGGGUUACUUGGCCACCCGCCCUUUUCCUCCUGUGUCCGACGUCCAGCUGGGAUCUAAAGCCUGCGUUGGUUACAAUAACAGUUAUCAGUAAUUCCUACCCGGAAGACUUUUAUUUAUUUAUUUUUUUAAGAUAAAAACUGCACAGAAGGGGAGUGAAAGAGACUAGUUUCUACUUCCUCCCCUCCUCUAGUAAAGCCCCUUGAGGGUGUGUGGAGGGUGGGCAUGUGGACAGGGGCACCACAGUCAGGUCUCCUAUGAAGUAAACCUCAGUGCCUGAGACUUUUCUACCAAGCCACACAGCUGUGACAUCUAUAGACCUUGCAGGCUGAACACGAUGGGGGCGGGGUGGCAUGGUGGUUCUCACCUAGUGGGCGCCCCUCCAGAUGGCUCUGGUGGGGAUAGCUGGGCCACCUGGGACCAGAUUUUCUGGUCCCCUCCCCUCUUGCUGUUCCUCUAUCCCAUUGCGCCACUUGGUCCCAGACUUCUGGCAUAGCCAUAUGGCCACCAGGACGGGCCUGGGUGAGGCUGUUAGGGGCUUGGCCUUUUGUGAGGGCCACUUGGAGCCUCUGUGCGGAUUGGACAGUUGACACUGUACUGACAGAGUGAGGUCCAGGCAGUCCACAGCAGGCUUGUGGUAGGAUCUUAUGUGUGUGCUCUGUGGCCUCCAAGUCUCCUCCGUAGGGGGCUGCAGCUUGCCCCCACCAGGGGAGCUGUGGGCAUCUCGAUGCCGCUUUGCCUUAAAGAUAGUCGUGUCAGAGCUGCCCCAUGCCUUUGGGCAAGGCUGGCUCAGCCACAGACUGUGGUUGGAGACUUCUGUGUCCACCUGGGGGGCAAGCCUGUGUGACCCUCCUUCAGCCUUGGCACUGUGGACAGAGAGUGAUUGCCUCUCAUGUAACUAGGGCCAUGGCCAACACCUCCAGGUCCACCUGGCUGGGUACACCAAGUGAAAGGCCCAAGCAGUUUGUCUGCUUUUGGUACCAAGGUCCAAUUGGGAUGGUCGGUUGCAGCAGAGCUCUCCUACGGGCAGGGCAGUGGGGAAGAUCUGAGCUGUUAGACCCCAGCUUGAUGGCCUACAGCUAUUGAGAAGGUGCUGGGGCUUCUGGGCCCAUGGUCAGCCUGGAAGCUGGGUGGCCUGUGCUCUCUGUGCCCUCUGCUUGCCUGUUUCCCAGCCAUUCAUGCCCACACUGCUUUCCCUUCACCCCCCGGCACAAGCUGGACAGCACAGACUUCUGGGGACCCUGCUGCAGCUUCUAAGCUGCUCUUCCACCUGCUCUGUCUCUGCCCCCCACGCUACUUUCCUUUCCGCCCACAGCAGUGUCCCCUUCCUGUGAAGUUCUGGCAUUCACAAAAUUUAUGUUUUGUCUUUUAGCUAAAGAAAAAGUGUUGUGAUUUCUCUGCUUCUGGUUUUGAGUUACUCUUUGUUCAGUAAUGCACUUUAUUUUAUUGUCCAAAGAGAGUCAGAGUUAAGUGUAAAGCUUGGGGGUGAGUCCUGCCCUGCCUGGGCCCUGGGAGGCUCUGCCUUCUCUUUUUCAGGGUGUAGGCCUCAGCCACACUUCCAGUUCUCUCUUCUGCCCUUGGUGUGGCUACACCCUUAGGCUACUAGGUACCAUGACCCAGUGAGGAGUUUGUGGGAGCAUACCUGCCCAGAUCAACACAUAGCAGCUGCCAUGUCCCCUGGCGCCCGCCCUGCCCCACCUCGGCUCACCUCUGAGCAGGUGCUCCUGGGACACAGCACCCGGCUCACCUCUGAGCAGGUGCUCCUGGGACACAGCACCCGGCUCACCUCUGAGCAGGUGCUCCUGGGACACAGGUGUGCCUGCUUUAGCUCCAUCUUGGGCUGGCUGGUGUGCCCCAGCCGGGUUUGGACCAGCUCUGCAGUGGAACCUAAUAAAGCGCCUGAAUCAACUGCCCUAC